GCAGCGGCGGCGCUUCAGUCUGACUGACGAGCAUUUCUCUUCCAGCUUGAGUUGCGGUGUAGUGAUUUGCGCCUUUUUACAUCAACUUAUCAUUCGCGUCGUGACCGAAAAGGACUACAGAGGCGUCAAACGAUGGUUUUCAAAGAGUUAUAAAUGUAAUUCAGUUGAUCCGAAGGCUGUUUAUUCAGAAAAUCACGCAGACACAGGACGACUGAGGGAGAUUCUCCACGAUGAGGCACAUUGCAGUUGUUUAUGGCAGUCUUUUAACUUUAACGCUUCUCGCUAACGGUGUGUUAAGUGCUGCAGAAUGCUCAUGUGGAAGGAAUCACUUCACUUGUGCAGUCAGCGCGUUUGGAGAGUGCACAUGUAUCCCUGCGCAGUGGCAGUGCGACGGCGACAAUGACUGCGGUGAUCACAGCGACGAGGACGGCUGCAUACUGCCCACCUGCUCGCCGCUGGACUUUCACUGUGAUAAUGGGAAAUGUAUUCGACGCUCGUGGUUGUGUGACGGAGACAAUGAUUGUGAGGAUGACUCGGAUGAACAGGACUGUCCGCCGCGGGAAUGCGAGGAAGAUGAAUUUCACUGUCAGAAUGGAUACUGUAUCCGCAGUCUUUGGCACUGUGAUGGAGAUAAUGACUGCGGUGAUAACAGUGAUGAACAGUGCGAUAAGAGGAAAUGUUCAGAUAAAGAGUUUCGCUGUACGGACGGCAGCUGUAUAGCAGAACACUGGUACUGUGACGGAGACACAGACUGCAAAGACGGAACCGACGAAGAGAACUGCCCGUCUGACGUGAUGGCAGCCACAUGCAGUGUUGAAGAGUUUCAGUGCGCAUACGGUCGCUGCAUUCUGGACAUCUACCACUGCGAUGGAGACGAUGACUGUGGAGACUGGUCUGAUGAAUCUGACUGCUCUUCACACCAGCCGUGCCGUUCGGCAGAGUUCAUGUGCAGCAGUGGGAUGUGUAUAAACGCCGGCUGGAGGUGUGACGGAGAAUACGACUGCGACGACCAGUCAGACGAGAAGAACUGCAGUACAUCGAUGUGCAUGGCCGAUCAGUUUCGAUGUAUGUCGGGUCGAUGUGUGCGGUUGUCAUGGCGCUGUGAUGGAGAGGACGAUUGCUCUGAUGGCAGUGAUGAGGAAGGCUGUGAAAAGACAGAAACUCCUCCGUGUGCGGCGGAUCAGUUCUUGUGCACCAACGGGCGCUGUAUCGGUCAGAGGAAGGUCUGUAAUGAUGUCAGCGACUGUGAGGAUGGAUCUGAUGAACAUCCUUACCAGGACUGCCGUUCCAGGUCUAGUGAGGAAAACUGUAAUGUGAACAAUGGGGGAUGUUCUCAGAAGUGUCAUAUGUCACGAGGUUUGGUUCAGUGCAUGUGUCAUACGGGCUACACGCUUGCACAAGAUGGCAGGACAUGUCGAGAUGUGGAUGAAUGUGCAGAUGAAGGUUACUGCAGUCAGGGCUGCACAAACAUUGAAGGAGGUUUUCAGUGCUGGUGUGUGCAGGGAUAUGAACUGCGGCCGGAUAAACGCAGCUGUAAAGCUCUGGGUCCAGAACCAGUUUUGCUAUUCGCAAAUCGGAUCGAUAUCCGUCAGGUUCUGCCACACCGCUCGGAAUACACGCUGUUACUGAAUCAUCUGGAGAAUGCCAUCGCCUUAGACUUUCAUUACAGCAGAGAGAUGGUGUUCUGGUCGGAUGUGACGCUGGACCGGAUCAUGAGAGCCAGUCUCAACGGCAGUAGCGUGGAGGAGGUCGUGUCCACGGGUCUUGAUAGCCCAGGUGGUCUGGCCAUUGACUGGAUUCAAGAUAAACUGUACUGGACCGACUCGGGCACGUCUCGUAUCGAAGUGUCCAACCUGGACGGCACACAGCGUAAAGUGCUUUUGUGGCAGAACAUGGAGAAACCGAGAGCAAUCGCUCUGCACCCUAUCGAAGGUAAGAUUUACUGGACGGACUGGGGGAACAUGCCACGCAUCGAAUACUCCAACAUGGACGGUUCUGGUCGCAAAAUAAUAGCGGACACGCACCUGUUCUGGCCCAACGGACUCACCAUAGACUACGCCAGUCACCGCAUGUACUGGGUUGAUGCCAAACAUCACGUGAUUGAACGGGCUGAUCUGGACGGGAAGAACAGAAAAGCCGUCAUUAGUCAAGGUCUCCCUCAUCCGUUUGCCAUCACGGUGUUCGAGGAUAAUCUGUACUGGACAGACUGGCACACAAAGAGCAUCAACAGCGCAAACAAGUUUACUGGCAAGAACCAGGAGGUGAUCCGAAACAAACUGCAUUUCCCUAUGGACAUCCACACGCUUCACCCGCAGAGACAGCCUGCAGAUGGAAGAAAUCCUUGUGGAAACAUUAACGGGGGCUGUAGUCACCUGUGUCUGCCCAGUAAUAAGACUUUCACCUGUAUGUGUCCCACCGGCUAUAAGAAGGUUGACCAGUACAACUGCGCUGAGAGUCUUGACAAGUUCCUGCUUUUUGCCCGAAGGACGGACAUCCGACGAAUCAGCUUCGACACCGAAGACAAGCUGGACGAUGUCAUACCUCUGGCUGACGUCAGGAACGCUGUGGCUCUGGACUGGGAUUCCAGCGAGCGAUACAUUUACUGGACUGACGUCACCACCAACUCCAUCAAUCGAGCCAAAUGGGACGGAAGCAAACAGGAGGUUGUGGUGGACACCAGUUUGGAAAGUCCCGCAGGUCUUGCUAUUGAUUGGCUGACACGCAAACUCUACUGGACCGAUGCAGGCACAGAUCGCAUUGAAGUUUCCAACACGGACGGAAGCAUGCGCACCGUUCUCGUCUGGGAGAACCUUGACCGACCCAGAGACAUCGUUGUUGAUCCGAUUGGAGGAUUCAUGUACUGGACAGACUGGGGCGUGAAUCCAAAGAUCGAGCGUGCGGGUAUGGACGCGUCCGAGCGUACGGUUAUUAUCUCAACUAACCUGACAUGGCCGAAUGGGUUGGCGAUCGACUACCAAACACAGAGACUCUACUGGGCUGAUGCCAGUGUCAAAACCAUUGAGUUUGGCAACUUUGACGGAUCAGGCAGACAGGUGUUGAUUGGCAGUCAGCUGCCACAUCCGUUUGGACUGACUCUCCAUGAAGAUAGAAUUUACUGGACCGACUGGCAGUCCAAAAGCAUCCAGAGCGCAGACAAACUCACGGGUUUAGACCGCAAAACACUCGCUGAGAACCUGGAGAACCUCAUGGACAUUCACAUGUUCCACAAUCACAGAAAAAAAAUUCAGACGGCGUGUUCGGUGAAUAACGGAGGCUGCAGUCAUCUGUGUCUCCUCUCGCCCACCCCUAAAGGCUCGAGCUGUGCGUGUCCCACCGGCAUCAACCUGCAGGCGGAUGGCAAGACCUGCACUCACGGAAUGAACAGUUUCCUCAUCUUCGCCCGGCGGACAGAUGUCAGAAUGAUUUCUCUGGACAUCCCGUACUUUGCUGAUGUCGUCCUGGCAGUCAACUCAUCCAUGAAGAACACUAUUGCGAUCGGUGUGGAUCCUGUAGAAGGUAAAGUGUAUUGGUCGGACAGCACAUUAAAGAAGAUCAGCAGAAGCAAUGUCAACGGCACACAACAAGAGGAAAUCGUCUCAACCGGUCUGUUGACCACUGACGGUCUGGCCGUGGAUUCAGUGGGCAGGAAAAUCUACUGGACGGACACCGGAACAAACCGCAUCGAGGUGGCCAAUCUCAAUGGCUCUAUGAGAAAAGUGCUGGUGUGGCAGAACCUGGACAGCCCUCGUGCUAUCGCCCUGUACCACGAGAUGGGGUACAUGUACUGGAGCGACUGGGGUGAACACGCCAAGUUGGAGCGUUCUGCUAUGGACGGAUCGGAGCGUGUGGUUCUGAUCAAUAAUAAUCUGGGCUGGCCGAAUGGACUGGCUAUAGACCGAGCGUCAUCUCAGCUGCUGUGGGCGGAUGCUCAUACUGAGAGGAUUGAAGCGUCCGAUCUGAACGGGUUAAACCGCAGGACGCUGGUAUCUCCUGUGCAGCAUCCGUACGGACUGACGCUGCUGGGAGCUCACAUGUACUGGACGGACUGGCAGAGCAGAAGUAUACACAGAGCAGAUAAAGACACGGGAGAAAACAGCAUCACCGUCCGCUCGAACCUGCCCGGACUCAUGGACAUACAGGCCGUGGACCGCGCUGGACCCUUGGGUUUUAACAAAUGUGGGCGGAGAAACGGCGGGUGCACUCACCUGUGUCUGCCUCGUCAUAACGGGACGUCCUGCGCCUGUCCCACCGGUAUCCUGCUCAAGAGCGACAGCAGGUCAUGUGACCCUCUGCCGGAAACAUACCUCCUGUUCUCAAACCGUGUCAGCGUUCGCAGAAUUUCUCUGGACACCAGCGACCACACAGAUGUGCACGUCCCUGUGCCCGAGUUACAUAACGUCAUAUCUCUGGACUACGACAGCGUGGAGGGGAAGAUGUACUACACGGAUGUGUCUCUGGAUGUCAUCAGACGGGUGAAUUUAGACGGCACCAACAUGGAGACUGUGAUCGGUCAGGGUCUGAAGACCACCGAUGGACUCACUGUGGACUGGGUGGCCCGUAACAUGUACUGGACGGAUACUGGACGUAACACCAUCGAAGUGGCUCACUUGGAUGGUUCGUCACGGAAGGUUCUGGUGAACAACAGUCUGGAUGAACCGCGCGCGAUCGCUGUGUUCCCUAGCAAGGGAUUCUUGUUCUGGACGGAUUGGGGUCACAUUGCGAAGAUUGAGCGAGCUCAUCUGGACGGUUCUGACAGGAAGGUUCUCAUUAACACUGAUCUGGGUUGGCCAAACGGCCUGACGCUGGACUAUGACACGCGCAGGAUCUUCUGGGUGGACGCUCACCUGGACCGCAUCGAAAGCUCUGACUUGAAUGGCAAACUGCGUCAGGUUCUGGUCAACCCUGUCUCGCACCCAUUCGCUCUCACGCAGUUCAAACCGGUCUUCUCUCCAUUAACUCCUUUUUCCCGAAUCUCACAGCAAGACCGCUGGAUUUACUGGACGGACUGGCAGACCAAGUCGAUUCAGCGUGUAGAUAAGCACACGGGUCGUAGUAAAGAGACCGUGCUGGCUAAUGUAGAGGGUCUCAUGGACAUCAUAGUGGUGUCGCCGCAACGGCAGACGGGUACAAACUAUUGUGCUGUGAAUAAUGGCGGCUGCACACAUCUGUGUCUGGCGAGCAGUAACAGCUUCGUGUGCGCGUGUCCGGAUGAACCCGACGACCGGCCGUGUUCCACCAUCGCUGGUUAUGUUCCCAUCUCACCUGAGAAAGGUGCGGCAGGUACUCAAGCCCCUAACAGACCCAAAGACCACACAGGGAAACCUCACUCGGGCUCUUCAGCGAUAAAUUGCACAAAAUCAAAUCACCUCGACUGUAGUCAGAACAGUGUUGUGUCUGCACCAGGCGAUGACGGGCCUCAUAUCAGUUAUGUGAUCGGUGGAGCUCUUACCGUCCUGGCCAUUCUGAUACUGAUCACAGCGUUUAUUAUUUACAGGCACAAAAAGUUAAAGUUUGCAGAUCCAGGAGUGAGUAACCUGACGUACAGCAACCCGUCGUACAGGACCUCAACACAGGAGGUGAAGAUCGAGACCAACGCCCAGAAACCCUCCAUAAACAACCAGCUGCGAUAUAAAAAAGAGGUCCAGGAUGUCGUGGAGGGAGGUUACACUAAAGAGAAGAUCCGUAUCGUGGAGGGGGUGUGUCUGCUCUCAGGAGAAGAUCUUUACUGGGAAGAUCUCAGACAGCUGAAGGUGUGUCGAGGGGCGGGGCUUCACACCUGCAUGCGCACAGACACCGUGUCUCUCCAGGCGAGCUCCGCCUCUCUGGACGACGGCGAGACCGAGCAACUCUUGCAGGGCGACCAAUCGGAGUGCUCGAGUCUCAGCACCGCCCACGCCGUGACGCCUCAACGACACGGUGCACAUCCUGACACCGGCUGGGUCCCCAACCGCAAAGCCUCCACGGAGAGCGAAGUGUGAAUGUUUACAUGUGACAAAACAUAAACACGCAUGGAAACGCGUACAGUACAUCAUCUCGUGAUCUCCCUAUCUCUCUCCUCUCUCUCUCUGGAUCGCCCCUCGCCUCCUUUGGGUCUUUGAUUUAUGGAAAAGCUGAAGCCUGCUGGAGUCAACGGACCGGAGAAAUAAACACUGACUGAUAUUUUGAGCCUCUUUCUACACAUUGCGGAGUAAAACAUUUGUCACACAACGCUUCUUGAGAUGUUUUCAGCUCAGCAUCGCCAUUAUGUAUUUAUGAACUUAUGUACAUGACGUCAGGUUUUAAUCGUCUUGUUUUAAGUGGUUUUUAAAGUGUUUGGACUGUUAAAUGAUUCAUUGGAUUUUGUGAUGGUGCCAAAGGACAAAAUUCACACACACCGGAAGAAUCUGUAUUUUCUUUUAGUGUUUCUAGUAAAUGAUGGUCCACAGAGCGCGAUGCUCUCAUGUUAAAGCCAGUGUGUGCAUGUACAUAUUUGGUGCAGACGUUUCAAUGCGGACAGACUCUGUACAGCACUUUACACAUUAAGCAAAACCACUGUUGACGUCAAAAACACACCCAGAUAUACUUCACCUCAACAUACAUAAGAGACAAUAACUAUUGAUAUUUUGCUUGGAUAAAAUGUUUCUUUUAGGUACUUUUUAACGUUGACAGUCCCCAAAUUCUCAGAAUUGUGACGUUUUCAUAAAGAAUAUUUAUUGUACUGCCUUGUAUGCUGAUGUUCAUUUUAAAAAUAAUUUUAGUUCAUGAACGUGUCUCAAUGCUAAAUCUCACGUUCCUUAUAACAAUUUUUGAUGUACUGUGAUGCCUUCACAUGUUUUUUGGUUUGAUUUUGUGUUUGACGUCACGUGUCACACGCGCAUGUUGAAGUUUCAGUAGUUGUCCAGAACAGGUACAUGAUCUGCUGCUAUGACACGCGCUCUGAACGCCUCCAGAGUUUAGUGCCGUUUAGUUUAGUUAACCUUUAACCCGACUGCUUAUUCUUCCUGAUAAAGUUUGUACAGAUUUUCACGAACAGACGUGCAUUGAUUUGAUUGAUUUACGUGAUAUAACCACUUGAUAUGUUUGGAGAACGAUAGGGUUUUAUUUAACAGAGUGCUUUAUUGUUCCAGAAAUACGGUUCACGUGUAUAACUGCUGUAAGUUAACUAAGAUAUUUAUAAUUUCUUUGUUUUUGGUUGUAAUUUGUAUGUAAAUAUAAAGAUGCUGUAUAUGUAGUUGCGAUACUAACCAGGUGUCUGACAGUGAUGUAUUCUGCCGUUUUUCUAUCUUUAAUAUAAAACUGCAUUUGCUUUUAAA